AUGGCGGAGGGGAUGGACAAGGAGAUGGAUCUACGGGACGAAAGGAAGGCUGGUUGGGACACUCCUAAGAAUGUUGAUGAAUUACUUGAAGGUGCCGAGAAGUUGAGUGAAAAUCCAAGUGUAGUGGUGACCAUGGCCCAAGUCGAACCAUUCGUUUUCCAUUCUGGGUUAAUAAACCUAUCCCACCGCCCACAUCGCUGCCUCUAUCCAGGCCAAAUUGGCUCUGUCGCAUCGGUUCCUUGCGGCAUAUUUGAACAGGAGAAAAAGCUUCAGUUGAGUUGGUCUAAACCCCAGUGCAGCCACUGGCAUGCCGCAGAGAAGAUUUGUAUCCUCACCAAUCAUACCAAACAACGUGAAAUUGCAUGUGUUGCCAAAUCCAAGACAUCCAAAGCCACCCCAUAUGAUCCUUCAGAAGAAAUCCAUCCAACCCCAAUGAAGAUUCUACAACUUGCACUAGAUCCCUUAACCAUGGCAAUAGAUGACUUAAUACACCUCUUCUAG